UUGGUCCACAUGCUUCUUAGCCAAUAAUGUGGAGGGAAGCGUAGUUCGCAUCUCAGCUGGCAGACAUUUAAAGGGGAGACAGUGCGGCGCUGCAGCAAUUUGGUAUUAAACCUGCGUGGUCCCCCAAGUCUAUGGAGGACUUGGACUUGGUCUACCACCCUUCUGCAGUCACUCCAGUGGACAGUCGACAGGGACGGUGAGAGUGGGUGCCUGCCCACGGAAGGUGCCGACAAGAUACAAACAUCAACUUGAGGGUUGCAGGAUGGCCAACUCGACGCGCAUCAUCUGCAGUCUCCUGCUCAUCCUCGGCUUUCUGUCCUCUCUCGGGGAGUCCAAAAGAAACCGAGGCUCCCAGGGCGCAAUUCCUCAUCCGGACAAAAACAACCCCAACGAAUCGGAGCGACAGCAGGCGGGCUCCGGUCCCCGCCAGAGGCACGGCUCGUCCUCCCCGGCCGACGAGGUGCUGGAGUCCAGCCAGGAGGCGUUGCAUGUGACCGAGCGCCAGUAUUUGAAACGGGACUGGUGCAAGACGCAGCCCCUCAAGCAGACCAUCCACGAGGAGGGAUGCAUCAGCCGCACCAUCAUUAACCGCUUCUGCUACGGACAGUGUAACUCCUUCUACAUCCCCAGGCACAUCCGCAGGGAGGAGGGCGCCUUCCAAUCGUGCUCCUUCUGCAAACCCAAACGCUUUACCACCAUGACUUUCACUUUGAACUGUCCUGACCAGCAGCCGCCCACCAAGAAGAAACGCAUCCAACGCGUCAAGCAGUGUCGCUGUAUAUCCAUAGAGCUGGACUAGUACACUCAAACUGUGUGUGUGUGUGUGUGUGUGUGUGUGUCUUCACAGCCAGGAGAAGAUAAUCCAACCUCCCUCCAUUCUUUUUUUUGCACAACAAAUAUGGACAUGCUUCAUUUAAACUAUCAUGUAAGUGCAAAUGACUAUUUUUUUUUUUUUGUAAAUCUUCACACUUUUAAGGAGCUGGAAUGAAGAAGCAGCGCGGGAAUGUAAUGAGCACGUUUCACGCACCAAGAACUCACUCAAACAUUGUUUCCACCGUGUGGAAUUGGAGCGAUCAACAGUAACGAACGUUUGGACACGGAACAUGCGAUUAAAAAUACAACUUUCAUUUGAAGGAUUUAUUAAUGUCAGUGAUUUAUGUGAAUUAGGAUGUUCGUUGGGUACCCGGAAGAAACACGAUGCUUAAAAAACGUUCAGUGGAGGUGUAUACCCCGUCAAGUUGAAAUAGUUGUUUCAUGUAAAUGAUCUUGAAUGUACUCUUUAUUAAGUUAUCCCCGAAAAUAUAAAAUAAAUGGAUGCUGGAAUGUGGAGAACGUUACUUUAUUCACCUGCGACCUCGGAAAAAUGCAUUAAAUAAUAUAUAUGUAAGCAAAUAGAAAUGUGCAUUUUUGUAUUACAAUGUCUUUUGCGGUGGACUACUGCACAAUGAUUUAAUCAGUCGUCCUUUCUACUCCUUUGAUGAGAGGAACGUUCCUCUCAUCAAAAGAGUAAAAAUAAAUAAAACCAGCAUCAGUUAUUGACCAUUUAGAGCUCUACUCACCAAUAUUUUUAUAUUCCAUUCCAUUUUAACAGUUAUAUUAACACAGGACAAGA